AUGGCGCUCCCCACCAUCCGCACGCUAGAAGAUUGCGCCGACUUCUCCAUGGCGGUGCGGCCCUUCAUUCCGCAUCUCUACGGCCUCCCCGCGAAGCUGCUCGACGCCUUCUCGGGGCGAGAGAGCCUGUUGCAGUUGUACACGGAGACGAACCCUCUCGUAUCCGGCUUUGCCAUCUCUGUGUUCUUAGGUGCCGUGUUCCUUGUCGCGGCCGAAAUAAACCGCAACUACUCACAGGUGGACCGGUUCUGGAGUCUCCUGCCGACGCUGUACAUCGCGCACUUUGAUGUGUGGGCACGUCUGGCCGGGCUACCUUCGCAGCGUGUUGAUGCGGCCUUGUUUUGCAGCGCCGUAUGGAGUAUUCGUCUCACCUUCAACUACUGGAGAAAGGGGGGUUACGGUAUCGGCCAUGAAGACUACCGAUGGGAGGUCAUCCGGCAGCAUGUCCCCAAAGCCGUGUUCCACGUCUUCAACUGGACUUUCAUCUCGUUCAUCCAGAGCAUCCUGCUCUUCAUGAUCGCCGCGCCCGUGUACACCAUCCUACUCGCAUCCACCAUCGACCCCGACGUCACCAGCGCCGAUAUCGCCGCAGCAGCGGUCCAGCUGGGACUAGUGCUCACCGAGUACAUCGCUGACGAACAACAAUGGGGUAAGCCGAAUCCCUCCCCCCGUGGGGAAAAGACGGAGCAGCCCACGCUAACCAUCGGCCCCUACCUACCUAACCUAGUCUACCAAUCCGCCAAGAAGCAGUACAAAGACACCGGAAAAGUCACCCGCGGCUUCACGCAGGCCGACCUCGACCGGGGCUUCAUCACGACCGGGCUCUGGGGGUACAGCCGGCACCCCAACUUCGCGGCCGAGCAGACCAUCUGGUUCGUGCUCUACCAGUGGAGCUGCUACGCGAGCAAGACGCUGUACAACUGGGCCGGCGCGGGCCCCGCCUUCCUCGUCCUGCUCUUCCAGGGCUCGACCUGGUUCACCGAGCUCAUCACGGCCGGCAAGUACGCCGGGUACCGCGACUACCAGCAGCGCGUGGGCAUGUUUGCUCCCUCGGCCCUUUCGGCCUACCGGUCGUCGCCCGCGGCCAGGGUACCCAAGGUCAUUCGGACGAGCGAGCUGGAGAAGAAGCUGCGGGAGAAGGAGAAGAACCAGAAGCAGAAGUGA